CUCCUCCUCUUACUUCUUUUUCUCCUUCUACUUCUCCUCUUCUUUCUUCUCCUCUUUUUCUUCUUCCUCCUCCUCCCUCUCCUCCCCCAUUCCCCCUGCCCCAUUGAUGUGUUAUUAUUGGGGGGGCUGGAGCAGUAAAAAAAGAAGGAGGAAAAAAAGAGCGGGGCUCGGCAGGGAGAGCUUGAGCGCGAAGCUGACCGGCGGCGGCAGCGGCCGCGAUGGAAGAACUUACGGCGUUCGUCUCCAAGUCUUUUGACCAGAAAGUGAAGGAGAAGAAGGAGGCCAUCACGUACCGGGAGGUGCUGGAGAGCGGGCCGCUGCGCGGGGCCAAAGAGCCCGGCUGCGUCGAGCCGGGCCGCGACGACCGCAGCAGCCCGGCAGUCCGGGCGGCCGGCGGAGGCGGCGGCGCGGGAGGAGGCGGAGGCGGAGGCGGAGGAGGCGGAGGAGGUGCUGGAGGAGGAGGAGCAGGCGGAGGAGCUGGAGGAGGGCGCUCUCCCGUCCGGGAGCUGGACAUGGGAGCCGCGGAGCGGAGCAGGGAGCCCGGCAGCCCGCGGCUGACGGAGGUGUCCCCUGAACUGAAGGAUCGCAAAGAGGAUGCAAAAGGGAUGGAGGACGAAGGCCAGACCAAAAUCAAGCAGAGGCGAAGUCGGACCAAUUUUACCCUGGAACAACUCAACGAGCUGGAGAGGCUUUUCGAUGAGACCCACUAUCCAGACGCUUUCAUGCGCGAGGAACUGAGCCAGCGACUGGGGCUAUCUGAGGCCCGAGUACAGGUUUGGUUUCAAAAUCGAAGAGCUAAGUGUAGAAAACAGGAAAAUCAACUUCAUAAAGGUGUCCUUAUAGGGGCUGCUAGCCAGUUUGAAGCUUGUAGAGUUGCACCCUAUGUCAACGUAGGUGCUUUAAGGAUGCCAUUUCAGCAGGAUAGUCAUUGCAACGUGACGCCCUUGUCCUUUCAGGUUCAGGCGCAGCUGCAGCUGGACAGCGCCGUGGCGCACGCGCACCACCACCUGCAUCCGCACCUGGCCGCGCACGCGCCUUACAUGAUGUUCCCGGCACCGCCUUUCGGACUGCCGCUGGCCACGCUGGCCGCGGACUCGGCCUCCGCCGCCUCGGUGGUGGCUGCCGCCGCCGCCGCCAAGACCACCAGCAAGAACUCCAGCAUCGCGGAUCUCAGACUGAAAGCUAAAAAGCACGCGGCCGCCCUGGGUCUGUGACGCCGGCGCCAGCGCCACGGUCGGUGGAGCCUCCUAAGCGGCGCGACCCCGCACGCCCUCCGCGACCGGCUGCUUCUCCCGCACCCGCUUCGGACCGCCUAGGCCUGUCCCUUCCCCGCUGACUGCCGCCUUUUCUUUCUGCACCCUGGAUCCCCAGGGCGGGACUCUGCGCUGGACCCGGGAUCCCACGAGGGCCACCAGCCCAGGGGCUCCAGCCCACCCACCCGCCCUUGGGACUAAAAUUCGGCUUUGUAGGAGCGGGUUUUGGGGAAGUCUGGAUAGAGACUGGACAAAGGAGUGUGGCAACGGUGAGAAGUGGAUAGCGCCACAGCUGCGGCGAUGGACUCGUUCGUUCAUAGGAAUAAAAUCUUGCUAACAACAAAUGAGCAAAAACAAAAAGAGUAGAGAACACACUAGAAAGAAAACGAGAAGGGGAGCUUGUUUCUUAUUGCUAUUUGGCUGGAAUUAGAGCGAGAACGGCGAAGCAAAAAAACAAUUCUUAAAAUUAUUUUGUACAUAAAAAUACGGAAAAAUAACCUGGAUGAAUCUUGAGAGAAAGGGGGGGAGGGAUUUACCAACUAAAUGUAUGUUUUUUUUUUUUUAAAUGGUCCAAGAAAACAAAACAGAAGGAAGAGGUAUACUUAUUUAAAGAAUUAAGAUGGAAAAAAAAAGCGCAGCUGGGAAGUUCACAGGGUUUGAAGCUGACCUUUUUCUGCGAAGUUCACUUUAAUAGGAGACAUUUGAUAAGAGAGGCGGGCCUCCUUUUACGUUGAAUCUGAUGCUUUGAGUUUUAAAACACCAUGUAUGGAAGAGCAAGAAGAGGGAAGACAGUGUGAAAACGAGGAGGGAAAAAAAGGACGUUCGUACAAAAAAAAAAAAAAAAAAAAAAAAAAAAAAAAAAAAAAAAAAAAAAAAAAAAAAAAAAAAAAAAAAAAGUGAUACCACAGACAAUGAUUCCUCUGAGAAAUUCUUAACGGCAGAGCUGUCCAGACUGCUGACAGUAAAUUCUGGUUUGCAUGUUACUUGUAUUCCAUUGAUGGUGUCUCUUCCCCUCCCACUCUCACGUGCACUCACUACACUUUCAUUCUCAGUAUGAAAAGCGUCUGGAAAUUGAUGUGAAUCCAUAUAUAAUUUGUCUGGCCUUUGAUCCCAAGGGGCAAAGGAAAAAAAAAUGUCAUAAGGGAGUAAAAUACACUCUGAGUCUUCCAAGAAGAUGGAGGCCGUUAGGAAAUAUGGGCAAAGAAAAGAGAAGAGCAAAUGAAGUCAAGAAGCCAGGCAUCGUGACAGGCGCUUAUCUGUUCACUCCCUUUUUUGUGAAUUCCCUCUUGCUAGUUUAAGUCCUAUUUGAGGACAAUGCUUUAUUCCCACCCCCCUCUCUAUCCUGUCAAACUCACCUUAAACAACACCCAGCUAGGUACAGACACUAGGUUUGUGUAUAUAAUAUGUUGAUAAACACGAACAAAGUUUAUUUUGGCUAUAAUGUGUGAACUAAUGGUUGACUUUCAACAUUUGCAUUUUAUCUCACAAAGGUGUAUCUAUUCAAGUACUCUUUGUUUUUGUUUCAAUCCAUGUAGCUAUUUAAACAGGGAUACCUUGGGCUAAGCAACCUGUAGCCCCAAUUCUCUAGCAAGCCUCUUUAGGACCCCCCUUUAAUUUACAUGAAAGAGGAAAAGCUCUUCUUACUGAACUUUGGUAUGCGUUUGAGCUUUGUAACUAUUUGUUCUCCAUGAAAACAAAAUUAUUUAUAUUUGCCAUAUUUUUUCUAGUGUAUUAAGUUAUUUUAAACAAAAGAAGAUGCUGUUAUGACGUGUUGUCAGUACAAAAUGUUUCCGCUCCACUUCUGUUAAACCUUUUAAAUAAGUGCCAAGUUAUUAACCCAAGACACUUUGCGAUCAAUUGAAUGAAAAUAGUAUUGUUUCAUUUGAUGGGGUGCGCGUCAUCUUUGUUCUUAUUACUAUUAAAAUAUCCGGGAUACUUUUUCCUUCU